UGUGCGUCGUCUUGACGCUUUAACGAUCAAAAAAGGCGUAGCUAAAUGAACAUUGCUGAAAACACAGAGCGGACAUUAACGCCGGAAAACACCGACACUUUCGAGCUGCUCGUAGGUUCCGUCACAGUCAGUCGGUGCUAUUCGGUGCUCCGUUACCGUCACUGACUCUGUCUGUGACUGUCAACGUUCGGAAAUAACGAAAAAAACAACAGAAACGCCGGGGCGUUAGCCAGCUAGCUAGCUAGCAUAGCCACCUAGCCGCCGCAUCAGUAGCAGCAGCAGCAGCUAGCCUUAGCUUUGGCAUCAGCAUCAGCCGCGAAACGAUAUAAAGAUGAUAGCGCUCAUCAACAAACUACUGGACUGGUUCAAAGCUCUGUUCUGGAAGGAGGAGAUGGAGCUGACGCUGGUGGGACUGCAGUACUCCGGGAAGACCACCUUCGUCAACGUGAUAGCGUCCGGACAGUUCAGUGAAGACAUGAUUCCCACAGUUGGAUUCAACAUGAGGAAAAUCACCAAAGGCAACGUCACCAUCAAGUUGUGGGACAUUGGUGGUCAGCCUCGCUUCAGGAGCAUGUGGGAGCGUUACUGCCGAGGAGUCAGCGCUAUCGUUUACAUGGUGGACGCGGCCGAUCCAGAGAAAAUCGAAGCCUCUAAGAACGAACUCCACAACCUGCUGGACAAACCUCAGCUGCAGGGAAUUCCUGUUCUGGUUCUGGGUAAUAAGAGGGACCUGCCAGGAGCUCUGGAUGAGAAGGAACUCAUAGAAAGGAUGAACCUGUCGGCGAUCCAGGACAGAGAGAUCUGCUGCUACUCCAUCUCCUGCAAGGAGAAAGACAACAUCGACAUCACCCUCCAGUGGUUGAUCCAACACUCCAGGACUAAGAGGAGUUCCUGAGAGCAGAGACACGCCCCAAACCGAACUGGCCACACCCCCACCAAACUUAACACAUCCUCGCUCUUUGAUCAACUUCACCCCCAACACAUGUCACAUGACCUCAAACUUAUUAACCCCUCUCUUUCCCCUCAUUUAAACCCCUCCCCCCUCAUUAUGACUCUGCCCUCCACAGAUGCACUGAUACCACUGAGGUUUUGUUUCUAGAGAGAAUGAAAACAUCGCAACUGUUUAACGUAACGUCUACGUUUUCCUGAUGUUUUUUUAAUGGCAGGCUAAAUUUUUCUACGAGAGAUCGGCGCAGCAGCGAUGAUGAGCGCCCUCUGCUGGUCAAUCAUCUGACUCUGAUUGUUUUUAUGAAGUAAAUGUGAAGACCGUUAUUAUUAACAGUAUUAAAGUUGAUCGGGUCAGAAAAAUAAAUCUCACCAUUUUUAAACUUAAGUCUCUCCUGAGCAGAUUUGUGUCGUUUUAUUCUGAAAACAGGAAGUUGGUAUCAGUGUAUCUAUUUUACAAUGAAACUAAAUAACAGUUUUAUUGCCUUCAUAACCGUAAACUGCCACAAAUGUUUUUGUUUUUUACUUUAAUGGGCAAAAGUUAGCCUGGUUAGCCUGUUAGCUGGAGCGAUUUAGCAUUGUGAGGUGGAGCAAUGUUAGCAAAGUUAGCUGGAGUCUGUUUGCUUUGUUAGAAGAGCCUGUUACCCUGGUUAGCUGGAGGCUGUUAGGCACUAGCCAAUUAAGCUAAUCGGCUCUUGCUAAAUGAGGUGUUAGCUCAUUUAGCUUCCAGCUAUUUUAGCUGAGGCUGUUGGUUAAGUUAGCUGGAGGCUGUGGGCCCAGUUAGCUGUUAGCUCAGUUAGCUGGAGGCUGUUAGCCCAGUUAGCUGGAGGCUGUUUUGUUGAUAUUCUUCCCUUAGAUUUUUUUUCCCCAUGAACCUUUAAUCUGAAAUUUCAUCACUUCCUUUUUUAUUCCUGUUUUACUUCCGUCCAUCUUUUCACCUGCAUAAUCCUGAGAAGCUCCACCUCCUCCCUCAUCUGUUGUAAACUGCUUGUCCUCUUUCUGUCCUGCUGUCCUUCCUGUUCUUUAUUAUCUCUCUCUCUCUCUCUCUCUGUCCUGAGUGAGGGACUCUGAUCUUUUUAUUGCACUGUUGAUUUUGUUUUUGUAAAAUAUUAAUGAUGAAAAUAAUGUUAAUAACCAGAUUUAAUGAAGUGGUACUUUCAACUACAGGAGGACUGAAGUCUCUGUAAGAAGCCUUUUAUUUGUUUUAUAUUAUUAUUAUUAUUGUUAUUAUUGUUUUUUAAUGUCGUUUGUUGAUGUGAUGACGCUGGGACAUGAGUCAGUGAUUGGACCAGAGCCGUCACAUGAUCAGGCUGCAGUGUUUACAUCGUCAUGUGGUAUUAAACGCAGAAAUGUCAUUGGUCAAAACCCGCAUAUUAAAAAGUUUUUAUUUAAAAAUCAA